CUCCCACUCCUUCAUUUCUUCAAUACCUUAAGCAAAGAGCAUUUCUUUCUCUCUUCAGAGUUCUCUUCUUGCAAGAAAGAAACUCUCUUUCAGUUUCUUUCUCUCUCCCUCCCCUUGUUGGGUAUUCACAUUCUAAUCUGGUUUUGAUCAAAUGGAGUUCCAUGAAGACCGUUAUAUGCAGGCUCAGAGGCCAAAAUAUGAUUGCCUUCUAUUUGAUCUAGAUGAUACCCUUUAUCCCCUAAGUACUGGUGUUGCUACUGCUUGCCGCAUCAACAUAGAAGAUUAUAUGGUUGAAAAGCUUGGCAUUGAGAGGAGCAUCAUCCCUGAAUUGGGUAACCUGCUGUACAAGAAUUAUGGAACUACAAUGGCUGGACUUAGGGCAAUUGGCUAUGACUUUGACUAUGAUGAAUACCACAGUUUUGUCCAUGGGAGAUUACCUUAUGAGAACAUAAAACCAGACCCUGUUUUGAGGAGUCUCUUGCUCAACCUGCCUUACAGGAAAAUUAUAUUCACAAAUGCAGACAAGGUCCAUGCUGCUAAAGCAUUAAGCAGGCUUGGAUUAGAAGACUGUUUUGAGGGAAUUCUCUGCUUUGAGACUCUCAACCCUAUUCACAAAAGCACUGUUUCUGAUGAUGAAGAUGACAUUGACUCUGAGAUUUUUGACAUCAUUGCCCAUUUUGCUCAAGCAAACCCCUCUUCAAAAUUACCCAAAACCCCAAUUGUGUGCAAGCCAUCAGAAGCUGCCAUAGAAAAAGCCCUCAAGAUAGCCAACAUUAACCCUCAGAGAACACUGUUCUUUGAAGAUAGUGUCAGGAACAUACAAGCUGGCAAAAGAGUGGGUCUUCACACUGUGCUGGUUGGCACAUCCCAGAGAGUUAAAGGUGCUGACUUUGCAUUAGAAAGCAUCCAUAAUCUGAGGGAGGCACUACCAGAGCUCUGGCAAGCUGAUAGGAAAUCUGAAGUUGGUUACCCUGGAAAAGUUGCAGUGGAAACUUCAGUCACAGCUUAGAGUAUUAGUUUGUGCCAACAUGCACUAGUUUGAUUAAGGAAGAAAAGAAAAUCAUGUUUUUUUGGGGUCUCCAAUCCCAUUUGUCUCAUUUCAUGAUUACAUAUAAUUUAUAAUAAAAUUUAUAUUUCAUUUUUGUUCUUAAAUUUAAUGUACGUACUCAGAGACUGAGAGUAGUCUAGUUUCAAUAAUGGCUCUUAAAAAUGAGAUAGUUCACG